GGGGCCGGGCGUCCCCGCGCGCCGCUGCUCCUGAUGGCGGGCUGGGCGCCGCUGCUGCCGCCGGCGCUGCUGCUCGCCCUGCUGGGCGCCCGGCCGUGCCCCUGCGGCGCCGCUCCCGCCUCCUCCUCCUCACAGCCCGUGACCGCCCGCCUGGCGGUGAAGUGGCCGGCGACCCCGCUGCUGCUGGAGGCGAGUGAAUUUAUUGCAGAAGAUGGUAAUGAGAAGUUUUGGCAGUUCUUGGAAACUGUGCGGGAAUUAACAGUUUACAAGCAAGGAGAUUCAGAGUACUCCUAUUACAAUUUAAUCUUGAAGAAAGCAGGACAAUUUUUAUCCAAUUUGCAAAUCAAUCUGUUGAAGUUUGCACUUUCCAUACGGGCUUACUCUCCAACUGUUCAAAUGUUUCAGCAGAUUGCAGCUGAUGAACCUCCACCAGAAGGCUGCAGUGCAUUUGUGGUUAUCCAUGAGAAGCACACCUGUAAGACUAAUGAAAUAAAAAAGCUGCUGAAGAAGGCUACUAAGAGACCCAGGCCAUAUCUUUUUAAGGGAGACCAUAAAUUCCCAACUCUCAAAGAGGAUGGCCCUGUUGUUAUUCUAUAUGCAGAAAUGGGUACAAAAGACUUUGUCAAAUUCCACAAGAUUUUAUCUGAGAAGGCCCAAAAGGAGGAAAUUGUUUAUGUUCUCCGGCAUUAUGUUCAGCAGAAACCAAAUUCCAGGAAAAUGUAUUUAUCUGGAUAUGGUGUGGAACUGGCAAUAAAGAGUACAGAAUAUAAAGCAGUAGAUGACACACAGGUUAAAGGAGCAAAUGAGACAAGAGAAGAGGAAGAUGAGGAAGAGGAGGAGGAAAGUGAUGUUCAAGGAUUUCUCUUUGGCAAAUUAAAACGGAUGCAUCCUAAUUUGAAAAACAAUCUGAUGGAGUUUAAAAAACAUCUAAUUGAAACUAGUAACAGCAUGGAACCCCUGAAGGUUUGGGAGAUGCAGGAUCUUAGUUUUCAAGCAGCUACUCGAAUUAUGUCUGCCCCUGUUUAUGAUGCCUUAAAGGUAAUGAAAGACAUUGCUCAGAACUUCCCAAUAAGAGCCAGAUCACUUACAAGAGUACCUGUAGACAAGAAAAUGCAAAAUGAAAUAGAAGAAAACCAGAAGCAUUUCCAUGACACACUUGGAGUUCAACCUGGAGAAGCACGUUUAUUUCUAAAUGGCCUUCAUAUUGACCUGGAUUUUCAAGAUCCCUUUAGCAUUUUAGAGACUCUUAAACUGGAAGGAAAAGUGAUGCAGGGCCUUCAUGAACUUGGAAUCAAAGGGGAGACCCUGAGUAAAUUUAUGAGGUUGCAUGUACAUCCUACAGAUAAUAAUUAUGCACUAGAUAUUCGUCACUCUUCAAUAAUAUGGAUUAAUAAUAUAGAACAAGAUCAGAGCUAUAGCACAUGGCCUGCAAGCUAUCAGGAACUGCUAAAACCCUCAUUUCCUGGAUUCUUACAUGAGAUUAGACGAAAUUUGUAUAAUUUGGUACUUUUUGUUGAUCCUGUCCAAGAUGAUACUGGUGAUUAUAUGAAGCUGGCAGAAUUAUUCUAUCAUCAUGAUGUACCACUUAGAAUUGGAAUCGUUUUUAUUUUAAAUACAAAAGAAGAAAUUGAUGGAAAUGAAGAUGCGGGAGUAGCUCUUUGGAGAACUUUUAAUUACAUUGCAGAGGAAUCUGACACCUCUCAGGCCUUUAUGUCGACAAUUAAUAUGUACCAUGAAGUGAAAGAUGGAAAUGUUCUGACAGUAGAUGAUGUGAAACAUGUUCUUAGGAAUGAGUACCCCCAUGCUGAUGUUCAGAGUAUCCUGGGUGUUCAUUCUGAAUAUGAUGAAGGGAGGAAGGCAGGAGCAACCUUUUAUAAGAAGAGUGGCCUGGGCCCGCUGCCUCAAGCGCUGUUUAAUGGCGUGCCCUUUCCCAGAGAGGAGAUGGAUACGGCAGAGUUGGAGACGCUCAUUCUUCAGAGGAUUUUCGAUGCCGCCGGCUUCUUCCAGCGGGCAGUGUUCAUGGGUUUGUUAGAUGAUCAUGUAAAUGCAGUGGAUUUUCUUAUGGAUCAGAACAAUGUAGUUUCCCGUAUAAACCCCACUAUUCUUGGAGCAGAAAGAAGAUACAUCCAUUUCAGAUCCACUUCUGUUCCAUUUCAUGUGGAAGACUUCUCUACUUUCUCCUUUUUGGACUCACAAGAUAAAAGUGCUGUAAUUUCAGAUAAUAUGAAAUAUUUAACGAAAAAAGAUGAAGAUGCAUUGUAUGCUGUUACUGUCUGGAUUGUUGCUGAUUUUGAUAAGCCAGCUGGUAGACGACUGCUUUCUGAUGCCUUGAAAAGCCUGAAAACAAGCAGUUAUACACGAGUUGGGAUUUUGAACAAUCCUUCAUCCAAAAUAAAGGAAGAUAACACAGCCAUUGCAAGAGGAAUUUUGGCUGCUUUUUUAACCCAAAACAACAGCAACUUAAAAAGUUUCCUAAGUAAACUCAGUAAGGAAGAGACAGCAAAAUCCCUUGCUGCUGGAACUAAAAUUGUUAAAUUCCUCAUCCCAGGAAUGGAUGGUGAUACUUUUGAGAAGAAGUACAACACUUUAGGACUGGAUUUAAUUAAAACUCAACAGAUGUUCUGCCAGGAGGUUCUGAAGCUGCUUCCUGGGCAAAUGGCUGUUAUUAGCAAUGGCAGGAUACUGGGCCCUUUAGAUGAAAAUGAAUUCUGUGCAGAAGACUUUAAUUUGUUGGAAAAGGUAACAUACAGUACCUCAGCAGAGAAGAUUAAAGCUAUUAUCAAGGAGAUGGGAAACAGUAGUAAAAGUGGCAGUGACUUGAUUAUGAAAAUAGAUGCCCUGCUGUCAUCUUUGCCUAAAACAGAGAUGAGACAAGAUGUUGAAUUGCUCAAAGAACAGCACAGUGUAGUAAAAGUUGAGCCCCAAGAGAAUGACCCAUUCUAUGAUGUCAUUGCUAUUGUGGAUCCAUUGACAAGAGAAGCACAGAAGAUGACCCAUUUAUUGAUUGUACUCAAGGACAUUAUCAAUAUGAAACUCAGGUUAUUUUUGAACUGCAGAUCUAAGCUGUCUGAAGUGCCACUGAAGAGCUUCUAUCGUUUUGUUCUGGAACCAGAAUUAACUUAUGGAAUCAAUAAGCACCUUCCUUCUGAACCUGUAGCAAAAUUCCUAGAAUUGCCAGAAUCACCUCUUUUGACCCUAAACAUGAUCACUCCUGAAAGCUGGCUGGUUGAAGCAGUAAACAGUUCCUGUGACCUUGAUAACAUUCAUUUGCAGGAAAUAAAAGGAGCAGUUAUAGCAGAAUAUGAGCUGGAAUAUAUAUUGCUUGAAGGACAUUGCUUUGAUGUGACAACUGCACAACCUCCUCGAGGGUUACAGUUCACUCUGGGCACAAAGAAGAAUCCCGUCAUGGUUGAUACUAUUGUGAUGGCCAACCUUGGGUAUUUUCAGCUGAAAGCAAAUCCAGGUGCUUGGACACUGAGAUUGCGUAAAGGAAGAUCUGAGGAGAUUUAUCAGGUUUUUUCCCAUGAAGGAACAGAUUCUGUGGCUGACCUGACAGACGUUAUUGUGGUAUUAAACAACUUUAGAAGCAAAAUUAUCAAAAUUCAAGUACAGAAAAAGCCUGAUAAACUGAAUGAAGAGCUUCUUACAGAUGGAACAACAGGAAAAAAAGGAAAUGUGGAAUCAGUUGCAAGAGUUUCAGAAGAACUUCCAACCGAUGAGAAGGAAAAGAAAAGUGAUGUUCUUAACAUUUUUUCUGUUGCUUCAGGCCAUUUAUAUGAACGUUUCUUAAGAAUUAUGAUGCUUUCUGUCCUACGUCAUACAAAAACACCAGUUAAAUUUUGGUUUCUGAAAAACUAUCUCUCCCCAACAUUUAAGGAUGUAAUUCCUCACAUGGCUAAAAAGUAUGGGUUCAAGUAUGAGCUGGUCCAGUAUAAGUGGCCCCGCUGGCUUCAUCAACAGACAGAAAAACAAAGAAUUAUCUGGGGCUACAAAAUUCUUUUCUUGGAUGUUCUUUUCCCUUUGGCUGUGGAUAAAAUAAUAUUUGUUGAUGCUGACCAGAUUGUGAGGAGUGACCUGAAAGAGCUCAGAGACCUGGACCUGAAUGGAGCUCCCUAUGGAUACACCCCUUUCUGUGACAGCCGCAGAGAGAUGGACGGGUACCGCUUCUGGAAAUCGGGGUACUGGGCUUCACACCUCGGCAAAAGGAAGUACCACAUCAGUGCCUUGUAUGUUGUGGAUCUGAAGAAGUUCAGGAAGAUUGCAGCUGGAGACAGGCUUCGGGGCCAGUACCAGGCUCUUAGUCAGGAUCCAAACAGUCUGUCAAAUCUAGAUCAGGAUCUUCCUAAUAAUAUGAUUCAUCAAGUAGCCAUUAAGUCUCUCCCUCAGGAGUGGCUUUGGUGUGAAACCUGGUGUGAUGAUAAAUCCAAGAAAAAGGCUAAAACAAUAGACCUGUGCAACAACCCCCAAACCAAAGAACCAAAACUAAAGGCUGCUGCCCGGAUAGUUCCUGAAUGGGUUGAUUAUGACUCUGAGAUCCGAAACUUAAUACAGCAGAUUGAAAGAGAGAAGAAAAAUCUAUCAUCGUUAUUUCAAAAAGGGCUCAAGCACGAUGAACUUUAGCACAGCCUGUGACCAGCAAUGGUGACAGCUCCAGAGUCUUCUGGGAAGGACUGAACAGAAUUUACAGCUGUUACAUUGGCACUCUUUGCAGCAUUCUUUAAUGUGAAGUCAAAUAUUUUAUAAAUUAAAGUGUUAUUUAAAACAUUUUAAAUGCAAUACAAAAAUGAGAAAUCCACAGGUAUUUGGGGGUUUGGGGUUUUUUAACCGGUAUGGAGCAGCUUUCCCAAUGGCUUUGCUUUUCUUUUCCUUCUUUAAAGUACAGUUUGCCCAGAGGACUUUGGAAUGUGCAGGAAGAUGUGCUCAGCAUUGUCAGUCCAGGGGAGGACACACACAUUAAAUAUGUACUUGAAAACUGUUUUGUGCAUAUUCCAUGCAUUAGGCUACUGUAUUUAAAUAUCAGAAAUUUUGGUUCUAUGCCCACAGUUUUGUCCCUCAAGAAAUGCUAUGGUCACAAUAAAGAAUUUCACAAAAAAUAAGAUGUCUAAUUUAGACCACACAGAGAGAUAACUCCACGUGGAAGCUAAAGCAAGGAAUGACAGUCUUCAUUUUUAUGCAGGAUUGCUGCACUCUCAGAGAUUUUUAAAACUAAUUUUUGAUUCUUAGGCUCCUUUUGGCCACUUAAAUAUUUGUGUGUGAUGAAAUUCCAUUAUGGUUUUGGUUGAGGUGAUUUUUUGACCAGCAUACAUUGCAUCAGAAGGUCAGUACCUGAAAGCUGUUUCUACUCACUUUUGAUUAUCAUCGUCCUGUUUAUAACUGAAAAGAAAAUAAUAAAAUACAUGAGUAUUUUUUGACUAUCA